AUGCUGAUUGGCAUAUUUGGUGGAUGCUGCAGUGAAGGAGGAAUACUUAAACGCCUUUCCUCCUGUGAAGUGUAUGAUGUCAGUCAGGAUAGGUAAGAACACUCGUGACGCAGAUCUGUUGCUUUUUCGUAAAUGUUGCUGUCUCGCCCACUCAUCGACACCACUCCCCUCGCAUGCCCCCCAACAGGUGGUACAGGCUGCCCGAUCUACGGGAGAAGAGGAACGGUCCAGCUGCUGUCUGCUUACCCCGCGACAAUCGGGUCUUCGUCUUUGGCGGUAAGGACGAUUCUGCCUGGACUGCUUCCGUGGAGUUCUGUCAGCUGCGAGCAGACUGGCAAGUGAAGGCCACCUCAUCCAGCACCGAUGGAUUUUGGCUACGAGCUGCCCCCAUGAGAACUGCGCGCGCAGUUCUCUCAGCAACACACUUUAGAGGGAGAAUCAUCGCCGCCGGUGGAUUUGAUGGUAAAAAUAAAGUCAACGUUGUGGAGAUGUUUAUUCCCCCAGACAACAGAUGUCCGCUCGGUCAGUGGACGGACCUCGCUGCGAUGAAACAGCCUCGUUCAUUUUUCUCACUUCUCACCACCCGCGACACGUUCUUUGCUCUCGGCGGUAAUUAA